AUGGCCUGGAUCACCAGCGGCCCGGGGGUGCGACCUCCUUCCCGCCGCGCGGCCGAGGCCCGAGCGCUCCCGACCACUCGGGUCGCCCUCCCGGGACCCGCGCCUUGGGACAUCUCGCUGGAGGCGACGGCGGGGGCCGCUCCAGGCUCGGCUGGGCUCCGUCGGCAUGCUCGCGUGGUGGGGCAUCCGCAGCACCCCCGGCGUCUCCCUCGGCUGCCGAAGAGGCCGCCACGGUGGCUGCAGCAGCCGCCCGGAGCCCGAGCUCCCUGGCGGCGCGGGGACCCCGCCUCCCCCGGAGCCUGGACAGCGUCCGCCUUAGAGGGUCCGCCAUCCCCCUGCGCCUCAGCAGGCAGGCUCGCCCCUGCCGCGGGGAGAGGUCGGAGCCCCGCUCGGGAGAAAGCAGCGCUCGCGGAGGCGGCGGCGGCGGCUCCCCAUGACCGGCGCUGGCCCUCGCGGGCUGCUCACAUACUUGGCAUAACUCUGCCGCGGGAAGGGUGGGGGAGGGCGGCGGCGCCGCACGGCGCAUGCCCCGGAGCCCCGGACCGCGACGGGGCGCGCGGGCUGCCGGCGACAGGGCUGCGCUCCCCGGGUGGGCGCGCGACGCCGGGCGCGGCGAGGCGUGUGAGCGCUCAAGUAGACCGGGGGAUGCGAGAGUGCGCGCACCGAGCGUGGGGCUGCACUGAGGGUCGAGGCAGGAAAAAGGACGAGCCGGAAGUUAAUGCAUGCUAACACAAGGUUAAUUCUGACGUAAACCAAAACUUGUAAGACAGCCGCAAUACAGCCUCUGCCAUCGCUCCGCUAACGCUUCGUUUUAAUUAAAACUGGGUUGAGAAACAAUUGGAUUGAAAUUAAGAAACAAUGUUCAUUGAAAAUACCAACUCUUGUGUCUCAAAAACAUUAAAUUCCAUGUUCUGUGUAAUGGCUGUAAAGUACCUCGUGUUGCCACAGAUCAGUGGGCCUUUCUGUGAUUGAUGAGAAUCAAUCUGAUUUUUGAGUUACACUUUUUAGUGUUUACAUAUUAGAAAGGGUCUUUGAGUGGUUCAUGAAUGUACUUCGAACUGCUAGCACAGUACUUGUUCAUAGUACUCAAGAAAUACUUGUUGAAUAAACGAAUCCCUCCAUAGCUGAAUAAAAGAAUUUACCUCUCUAACUUUCCCUAUUUCAAACUACAUGUCUCUCUGUAAGUUCCUUUUGUUUUUUCCUUCUUCUUCCUUUCUUACCAGAGUCUCCAGUCUGUAAAUAUUCUUUAAUCUAUACUACCACUGUUAGUACCUAGUCUCUACCUCCUGGAAUAAUUUUGCAGAAAUCUAACCCAUCCUUUAAGGCUCAACUGGCUUUUUCUUUUUUUAAUGGAAGUACUGGGGAUAGGACCUCAUGCAUGCUGUGCGUGCUAAGCACAUGCUUUACCACUGAGCUGUACCCCCCAGCUGCCUUCUUUAUGAAGAUGUCUCUGAUUUUCCACAUGCAAAUGAUCACCCUUCCUCCAAAUUCUAAUAAUAUCUUACUCAUAUCCAUUCAUAGUAUUUACUACUUUUUGCUUUAUACAAAGGAUACCGUAUCUCCGUACAAGAAAAUUUGUAAACUCCAUCGAGGGCAGAGACUUAUAAUUGACUGUUUAUCCUUCAUAAGGUAUAGGAAUAGCAUCUUCUACACUGUACAUAAUGGAUAAGUAUUUUUAAACUAAUGUCAACUUUAAUUUGAAGGAAACAAAUGGCUUUAAUUUCCAGUCUAUUGCUUAACUCUCCACUAGACCAUACUCUAUUAGUGUUGUUUUAAAAUUCUUUCAGUGAUGAGUAAGAACAUAGUUUGUUAAAUAAUCUUAAUUCUCAUCUAGGAAAAUACAAUGAAAUGUUACACCAUAAUUUGCAUACAUUACUAUUUAUAGUUCUACACUUUUUAUUCCAUGGAACCAAGGCUAUUUAAUGAAUAGUCAAGACGUAAAAUUAUGCCCCAGUGAAAUAUUCCCACAGGAAAUGACUGAUGGUAGAGCUGCCAAUGGUGUCUAUAAACACAGCUUGAUCUCUAUCUCAGAAAUUGUUUCCAUUCCAACUUUCCAUUGCAAAAUCUUUUUAUUCUUUAACAUAGUUGUUAAGAAUACCAUAAGUUGCAUAUCUGUGUUAAAAUGAAUAGAAAAAUAGAACCUGGUCUUGACUGAACUUCGGCGUCUCAAUUCAACUUGCCGACUUCUUGAGUUUGGGAAUUAUGAAACACCUUGGCCAAUAUAAAAUAUUAUCCAUUGUUCUAAGCAUUGCUCAGAACUAAGUUGGACACUGCACAGCACACCUGAAUGUAAUGCUUUAAAGUUGAGACUGUUCUAUCACAUAAAUUCACAAUUUUUAAGAUGUAUUUUGAGUCACAACAGAAAUUAAAGCAGUCAUAUAGCUAUGUGAUGCUACUUAGUGACUUUAGAGAUGCAAAUCCCACUUUUCUGUAUGUGUAUAACACUUCAAUAAAAAGUUUAUAAAAAUGUAAUUCCAAGAA